GGGCCGGGUCUGCCCGGCGGCAGCGGCGGCGGCAGCGGCGGCGUUGGCAGCCGCCCCGGCCCGCAGCGCAGCGCAGCGCAGCGCGGCUCCCCCCGGGCGCCCGGCCGCCACGGGCUCGGCGGCUCCCCGAGAGGGGGGAAGAUGCUGCCGGGGUCCAUCCAGAUCUCCGGGGAGACGCUGUCGGGGGCGGAGAUCCGGGACAUCUGUGAGAGCCUGCGGGAGAACUCGGUGCGGCUGCUGUCGCUGCGCGGCUGCCAGCUCUCCGAGCGGGACUUCGGGCACGUCUGCCGGGGGGCGGCCGAGUCCCGCUCCCUGGCCCAGCUCAACCUCAACCUGGGCAUCGUCUCCAACAUCAACCGCGUCAAGCAGCUGGCCGAGGCCCUGAAGACAAACCGCUCCGUCCAGUCCCUCUUCCUCCAUGGGAGUCCCUUGACAGACGCAGGCUUGGCCCUCCUCAACCCUGCCCUCUCCAUCCACCCCUCGCUGGUGGCUCUGGAUCUAGGAGACUGCAUGCUGGGUGAUGAAGGCAUCAACCUUAUCUGUGGGCUCCUGCCGCCUGACGGAGCCAAGUCCGGCCUCAAAGAGCUAACGCUGAGCGCUAACCCAGGCGUCACAAGCAAAGGCUGGGGACGCCUGGCCAUUGCAGUGGCUCACAGCUCACAGCUCCGUGUGCUGAACCUGGACUACAACCCCCUAGGUGACCAGGUAGCAGGGAUGCUCGCUGUCGCUGUGGCCUCCAGUCGAACCCUUGAAGUUCUGGACUUGGAGGGAACAGGACUUACCAACCAGUCAGCCCAGACCUUGCUGGACAUGGUAGAGAAUUACCCCACAGCCCUACGGACACUCAUCCUGGCAGAGAACAACAUUAGUCCCGAGCUACAGCAGCAGAUCUCUGACCUGCUCUCGGAGGGUGAGGAAGAGGAAGAGACGGAGGCUCGUGAAGUCACAGCCAGGGAGAAGAACCCCUGGAUCUGCCAGAACAAUUCCAGCUCCCAGAUGGUCCUGAUGACGUCAGGUCUCGGUGACAGCCUCUUAGCAGAGACAGAAAUGUAGCUGGGCUACCCUGCCUGCUUCUGCUGAGAAGAGCACCGUGCCCGCUGGGGAAGUGAGUGUCAUCGAGCACACCCCCCCCCCCCUCCCCACGCCUCCGGUGGGCUGCCCCAGCCGUCUGCUCACACAUUUCACCUCCUGUCGAGGCCUCCCCCGGCUCUGCCUGCCGGAGCCCGGUGGAGUGAAUCUCUACACGCGUCUCGGUGUUGUCACGCACCCCGCCGGCCGCUCCUGCUUGUCCCGUCGCCGCCUGUGUAGCUCCGCUGCCCUGCCUUCCCCCCCGCCUCCGCGCUCGGCUGUGCCCGCCGGCCGCAGGCGGCAUUGAUCCAGAUGUGUCUAAGAGAUGUUCUUUCUAUUGCUUGUCCAGCUGUGGCGAUGGGAGUUAAUUUCUAAAGGUCAGAGACGUGGCACCGCUCCUGGCAGCCCGAGCUCCGCCGCUGCGGCCGGAGCCGGGAGCGCCGGCAGGAGGCAGCAGCCGCCGCCCUCGCCCUCCCUGCGGGGUCUGGCUUCCACCCUGCUGGUCUGCCCGCUCAGCGGCAAACCUGCCGUCCCCCCGGGCCUCCCCUCUGCCCAGGAGGUAGAGGACCAGGCUAGAGCCCGCAGCCGUGUACCCUCUGGUGCCGGCACCAGCGCUGCAGGUUUCACUGCUCAGCCCAGUGCCCCUUGCUGGAGCCAUCGGCAAGGGAGGUCGUGUUUCAAGGCUCGGAUUAGGCUGGCAGAUUAAAUUGUGGCGGCAGCUGCUACUCAAGGGAACACAGGAAAAAAAAAUAUCAUUAAUGAUGGCCACAAAGAAACAAGAAACUCUUCUUGUGUUACACUUUGCGUACACCUAGGUCAGCAGGGCACAAGCAGCAGAACGUGGGAGAUGGAGGAGAGCUCAUCACAACCCUCUGACGGCGGCGGCACCACUCAACAUGAGAAGGACUCCUAGAUGUCCAUAUUGGCAUCCUACAGUCUUGAGAUAUGUCCAACCAACCCCAAUCCUCCCUCCCCACACAAAAUAAAGCCACAAAAUACUGACA